GCAUCAGAUGGGUGUAUGUAGUAUUCAGAGUCACCCCUUCGAUGAACAUUUAUUUGCCUCAGGGAGCUACGAUGAAGAAAUUAUUGUUUGGGAUCGCAGAAAAUUAAAGCAGCCUCUCAGCAGUUCAUCUCUUGGAGGCGGGGUCUGGAGAAUAAAGUGGGACCCAUUUUCUGGGAGUAAAAUUCUCACAGCAACAAUGUACAAUGGAACACACAUUGUUGAUUGCUCUGAUUUAGGUCAGAGUUCUCUCCCCAUUGUUGGCCAGUAUGAUGAUCACAACCUUGCUUACGGUGCUGAUUGGUGCAGACUGAGACCAGAUGGCACAUCUCGAGGGUGCGGCAAACAGUCUGCUGACAACUCCUGUACAAGCUUCACUGGAAACCGAGAUUCAUUUCUCAUUUCAACAUGUUCAUUUUAUGAUCAUUCCUUACAUAUAUGGCAGUGGGACUGUUGCAGAUAA